AUGAGCAGAUCUCUCACUCAAGCCGCCAGAGUCCUUAGAAACUCCUCUGCUGCUCGCUCCGUCUUUGCUUCCUCAAUCAGAUUCUACUCUGCUUCAGCACUCCCCCUUAAGACCCCCAUCACUCUCCCCAAUGGCAUUAAAUACGACCAACCAACUGGUCUCUUCAUCAACAAUGAGUUUGUCGCCUCUCAAUCCGGCAAGACCUUUACCGUAGAGAGCCCUUCUACCCAGCACACCGUCGCUGAGGUUUAUGAGGGUUCCGAACAAGACGUUGAAAUUGCUGUCAAGGCUGCUGAAGAGGCUUUCAAGUCUUGGUCUCAAACCCCUGCCUCCGAGCGUGGCCUUCUUCUCAGCAAGCUCGCUGACAAGAUUCACGAAAAUGCUGAGCUCCUCGCUUCAAUUGAGUCCUUUGAUAACGGUAAGGCUCUCACCCUUGCCCGCGGUGAUGUUGCUCUCGUCGAAAAGGUUAUUCGUUACUAUGCUGGUAUUGCAGACAAGAUCUACGGCACCCAAAUCCCUACCAAUGACGGCUUUUUCACCUACACUGCCCGUGAACCUCUUGGUGUUUGCGGUCAAAUUAUUCCUUGGAACUUCCCUCUUCUCAUGUGGUCUUGGAAGAUUGGCCCUGCCCUUGCCACUGGUAACACUGUUGUCUUGAAGACUGCUGAGUCCACUCCUCUUUCCGCUCUCGUCGUCUCCCAGUUUGUUCAGGAAGUUGGCAUCCCUGCCGGUGUUGUUAACAUCAUUUCUGGCUUUGGCGCUACUGGUGCUGCCAUUGCCAAGCACCCCAGAAUUAAGAAGGUUGCCUUUACUGGUUCUACCGCUACUGGCCGCUACAUUAUGAAGGCUGCUGCUGAGUCUAACCUCAAGAAGGUCACCCUUGAGCUCGGUGGUAAGUCCCCCCACAUCAUCUUUGAUGACGCUGAUCUUGACACUGCCGUUGAGGUUGCCGCUCUCGGUAUCUUUUACAACUCUGGUGAAGUCUGCUCUGCUGGCUCCCGUCUUUACGUCCAGGACACUAUCUACGAUGAGUUUAUUGCUCGCCUGAAGGCCCGUGCUGAGGCCAUUUCUGUUGGUGACCCAUUUGACAAUGAGACCUUCCAAGGUUCUCAGACUUCUAAGGCUCAGCUUGACAAGAUUCUUAAGUACAUUGAGCUCGGCAAGGAGGAAGGUGCUCGUCUUGUCACUGGUGGUGAGCGUCUUGACCGUCCUGGUUACUUCAUUGCUCCUACUGUCUUUGCUGAUGUCAAGGAGGAUAUGCGCAUUGUCCGUGAAGAGAUUUUCGGCCCUGUCAUUGUUGCCACCAAGUUCUCUUCUGUUUCUGAGGUUGUCGACCUUGCCAACAACUCUGAGUACGGUCUUGGUGCCGGUCUGCACACUGAGGACAUUAACAAGGCCAUUGAUGUUGCUGGCAGAAUCCACUCUGGCUCUGUUUGGGUCAACACUUACAAUGCUUUCCACGAGGCUGUUCCCUUUGGUGGUUUCAACCAGUCUGGUAUGGGCCGUGAAAUGGGUGAGCAGAGCAUUGACAAUUACACUCAGACCAAGGCUGUCAGAAUCAAGAUCAACCCCAAGAAUUAG